AUGCCUGGCGUGGCACCAAGUGAGUGUUUGAUGGCGGGAAGCUGUGUCGAUGCGUGCGUGGCUGAGCCCGCGGAUCACGAGACGCAAGCAUAUGUAGCGAACAUAAUCCACAACUGCAGGACUGGGCAGGGCGGAAUCACCUUCACUGAAUCAGAAACCUGCAAGAGACAGAAGGAGCGACGCACGACACUGCCAGCAUUGUUGCAUCCCGACAGAGGACGGCGGGUUGACGGCACAGUUGCUGCUGCACUUUUAAAUUGCAAAGGAUUUCUGCACUUGGGGUCAUGUAGAGCUAUUGCUCCUCGGAGUUGCAAAGCGCUUUUGCCUGUAAGCUUUGUAAAAGUUGCAGUGCUUUGGAGUUGUAAAGGGAUGAUUGCGAUCGAGUCGCUCAGAACCGGUUUAGACGACAUGUCACUGAACCGUGGAAAUUUUCAUACGUUGGGCGAAUCGGGCGCCGCUGGCCGGCAGUCGGAUUCCCUCGCCCGAGUGGGAGGAGAAACGGAGGAAAUAACGGAGAGGCUUAAAGUAAAGAAACAGCCGGGGAGAGCGAUACGCGAGGACCGCAGCCGCGAGGACCGAGUGCUGGGCCUCGACCGCGACGAGCCCGGCGACCGCCCCACGUCUCCGCACAAGACCAAUGGGUACGGAGAGAGCGACGUCCUCAACCUGAGCAGCAAGAGCGAUUCCCGAGACGACCUGAGCGACGCCCCCACACCGAGGGACGACCGCGACGACAAGGACGAAGCCCUUUCCGACGCCGAGGAUCUGGACGACAAGAAUGACCUGAGUGACAGGGAAGACUUCGACUACAGUGAACGUCCUUCACUACACUAUACCAACAACAACAACAAUCUGACCUCCACAGCCAAUAACAACAGCAGUUCAGGCGGGGGCGUGGCCAGCCUGGUGGGGGGCGUGGGGACCCUCCUCACCGGAACCCUCAGCAGCAGCAGCAGCAGCAGCAGUGUCGCCACGCCCACCAUCUCACAGUGCUCCGCUCUCCUGCCGCAGGGCGAGGACCGCCUUCCCCCAGGUCUGAGUGGACUAGCUGGGCUGAGCAUGGGUGGAAGCGGGGAGGUCACGCCCACACCGCCUCACCCACCUCUUUCUUCUCUAGAGAACCUCCUGGGCAACAUUCAGAACCUCCUGAAGGUGGCGGCGGAGAGCGUCAGGCACGAAGAGAAGCAAUGGAACAGAGAGAAGGAGCAUCUGCGACAGGAAUUUAUGCGCCAGAAGGAGAUGCGGGAGAGGUUGGAGAAGCAGCUGGUGGAGGACGAGAAGGUCAAACUGUUGUACCUGCGGAAGCUGAAGAAGGAGAAGCGAGCUCGACGCCGCGUGGAGGAGGAGCUCACCGAGAAGCUGAAGCGCCUCUCGCAGUACGAGCCCAACGCCAAGGAUCUCCUCAGGGCAGCAGCCGAGUCCCUGGCCAAGGAGGGCGUCAAGAACGCUGCCGUGGCGGCGGCGGCAGCUGCGGCGGCGGCGGCGGCCUCGGGAGGGUCGUCCAGCCAAGGCGAGAACCCCCACCACAGCCCAAAGUCACACCAGCCACAGCAGCAGCAGCAGCAACAGCAACAACAGCAGCAGCAGCAACAGCAGCAGGAGUUACAGGACGUGCGCACCUCACAGAGCGGCUCGUGGUGGGAGCUGCAGCGUCACUGGGCCAGACGUCAAAUGGACGAUCCUCUGCUGCGACUCCGCCUGGCUGUCGACCUUACGGAGAUGGACGUAUAGUACAUUCUGCCACCGGAUCGGGACAGGAGCGUCAAGGAGUUGAGGAUGUGCGAGCUGCUACGGCCGGUCUUCGGUUCGGGUCCCAUGAGAAUCCGAGUCAUGUGAAGAUCGAAGCAUAGCAUU